AUGACGUCAAUAACCUCUCCCUCGCAUUCCAAAUCCCUCACGCUCUCAACCUCCCAUACAUAUACCUAUAUCCAUCAUCCCCCAAGGAACCCUUCCCACCCAACAACCACUUUCCUCUUCCUCCACGGCUUCCCCUCCUCCAGUUACGACUGGCGUCACCAAAUUGCCUUCUUCAUCUCACAAGGCCAUGGCGUCCUUGCCCCCGAUCUUCUCGGCUACGGCGGUUCCAGCAAGCCCGUCUCGCUCGACGCCUACCGUGCCCGCUCCAUGGCCGCCGAGAUCGUCGAGAUCCUGGACCACGAGGGCCUCGAUCAAGUACAUGCCGUGGGCCACGAUAUGGGCUGUGGCUUACUUUCACGUUUAGCGGAUUACUAUCCCACGAGGUUGAAGUCGUGCGUGUUUCUGGAUGUGCCGUAUACGAACCCCGGGGCGAGAUUCGAUUUGGAUAUGGUGAAUGCCAUGUCGAGGGAGGUGCUGGGGUAUGAGAGGUUUGGGUAUUUGAGCUUUUUUGCGAGGAAGGAAUCUGCGGGGUUAUUGGAUCGGUUUGGAGAGUCCUUCUUCACGCUUUUCUACCCCCAUGAUCCAGAACUGUGGAUUUCGCAUCUUGGUCCGACGGGGGCCAUGGAGGCGUGGUUGUGUGGUGAUUCACGGGCCCCGUUGGCUUCGUGGAUUACUGAAGAGGAAAAAACCACACAUCACCAGAUAAUGCAAGAUAAUCACAGCUUCGCUCUCAACUGGUAUCAAGCCCUAGUGAGCAAUAUCAAUGUAGAAGACGAACUGCGUGCCGGGCUGGAACCUACUCUCGAGAUGCCGGUGCUCAUGAUCAGUCCGCAGCGUAGUAGACUGGAGUUUCCGGGCGUGGAGGAAAGUAUGGGCUUGGUUGCGCGGGAUUUGACGUUCAAGCGCGUUUCGAAGAAGGGGCAUUGGCUGCAGUUGGAGGCGAGGGAUGAAGUAAAUGGGAUUUUGGGGGAGUUUGUCAACAGGGUGGAUGGCGUUGAGGGUUAG